AUGGCAGAGGCAAAUGUAACCUUUGUGACUGAAUUCAUUUUCUUGGGUCUCUCUUCUCAAACAAGGGCUCAACUCAUCCUUUUCAUCAUGUUUUUAUUCUUCUACUUAUUAACAGUUCUUGGCAAUCUCAUCAUCAUCACAGUAAUUCAGAUUGAACCCCAUCUCCAAACCCCCAUGUACUUUUUCCUAACUAACCUGUCUUUCUUAGAUAUCUGUUAUACUACCACCAAUGUCCCACAAAUGCUUUCCAAUAUGGUAGGGAAGAAAAAGACGAUCUCCUUUACUGGCUGUGCAAUCCAGAUGUAUUUCUCUCUUUCCUUUGGGAUGAUUGAAUGUGUCCUCUUGGGGGUCAUGGCAUAUGACAGAUAUGUUGCUAUCUGUGCUCCAUUACACUACACAGUCAUUAUGAACAGGCACACUUGUAUUCAAAUGGUCAUCAUUUCCUGGUCUAGCAGCUUCCUGAGUUCUAUGGUGAUCAAUGUCCUCACCUUGAGUUUGCCUUACUGUGGGCCUAAUGUGCUGAACCACUUCUUCUGUGAAGUACCCUCAGUAUUGAUGUUAGCUUGUACAGACACCUCUGUCACAGAGCUGGUAGUGUUCAUCUUUAGCAUCAUAAUUGUCUUCAUUCCCUUCCUUCUCAUCGUGAUAUCCUAUGGCCGUAUCCUCCUGUCAGUCCUCAGGAUGCGCUCUGCCGCAGGACGACUCAAAGCAUUGUCCACCUGUGCCUCCCACUUGACUGUGGUGGUUCUGUUCUAUGGGACAGCCAUCUUCAUGUACAUGCGUCCUCAGUCCAAGUCGUCCCGGUCUGGGGGGAAGAUCAUUGCUGUUUUCUACACUGUUAUCACACCAAUGCUCAACCCCCUGAUCUACAGCUUAAGGAACCAGGAUGUGAAAGGGGCCUUGAAAAAAAUCAUCAGCAAACACAGCCUGGUAUAG